UGCAGCAGAAACUGCAACUCCCAGAGUGCAGCGCAGGGCUUCCGGCUUCCGGCGAGUGGACCGGAGUGUGUUUACACCGGCGGCUCUGCGGCCGGGUUCCUUCCGCGGGACGGGGAGAAAGAGAGAGCGCGAAAGAGAGAGGAUGUCUCUCUCAGAUUGGCACCUGGCAGUGAAGCUGGCUGACCAGCCACUUGCCCCAAAGUCUAUUCUCCAGUUGCCAGAGUCAGAGCUGGGUGAAUACUCACUGGGGGGCUACAGUAUUUCAUUUCUGAAGCAGCUCAUUGCUGGCAAACUCCAGGAGUCUGUUCCAGACCCUGAGCUGAUUGAUCUGAUAUACUGUGGCCGGAAGCUUAAAGAUGACCAGACCCUUGACUUCUACGGCAUUCAACCUGGGUCCACAGUCCAUGUUCUGCGGAAGUCCUGGCCCGAGCCUGAUCAGAAACCAGAACCUGUGGACAAAGUGGCUGCCCUGAGGGAGUUCCGGGUGCUCCACACUGCCCUGCACAGCAGCUCCUCCUACAGGGAGGCGGUCUUCAAGAUGCUCGGCAAUAAAGAGUCUCUGGAUCAGAUCAUUGUGGCCACCCCAGGCCUCAGCAGUGACCCUAUUGCUCUCGGCGUUCUCCAGGACAAGGACCUCUUCUCUGUCUUCGCUGAUCCCAGCAUGCUUGAUACGUUGGUGCCUGCUCACCCAGCCCUGGUCAAUGCCAUUGUCCUGGUUCUGCACUCGGUGGCUGGCAGCACCCCACUGCCAGGAGCCGACUCCUCGUCACGGAGCGCGACCUCCAGCUCGUACCGGGACAUGCCAGGUGGCUUCCUGUUUGAAGGGCUCUCCGACGACGAGGACGACUUUCACCCAAGCUCCAGGUCCACGCCCUCUAGCAGCACCCCCAGCUCGCGCCCAGCCUCCCUGGGGUACAGUGGAGCUGCCGGCCCCCGGCCCAUCACCCAGAGCGAGCUGGCCACCGCCCUAGCCCUGGCCAGCACUCCGGAGAGCAGCUCUCACACGCCGACUCCUGGCACCCAGGGCCAUUCCUCGGGGACCUCGCCAAUGUCUUCUGGGGUCCAGUCAGGGACGCCCAUCACCAAUGAUCUCUUCAGCCAAGCCCUACAGCAUGCCCUGCAGGCCUCGGGGCAGCCCAGCCUUCAGAGCCAGUGGCAGCCUCAGCUGCAGCAGCUGCGGGACAUGGGCAUCCAGGACGACGAGCUGAGCCUGCGGGCCCUGCAGGCCACUGGCGGUGAUAUCCAAGCGGCCCUGGAGCUCAUCUUUGCCGGGGGAGCCCCAUGACCUCCUGUUCCUUCUCACUCCCCAGCAAACUGCCAAGCUGGCUGCCUACGGGAGGCACUCCUGAAGGUGCCCCAUCUCUCCUCUCCCCAAUACAUCUGAUGGUUGACCUUCCGCCUUGUCCGUUGCGUGGCCCUUCUGGCUGAUCUGAGCUGGUGGAGGCAGGGGGGCAAGCAUGGCAUGUGGGUCUUGGUGUGUGGCUCGCCCCCGCUUCUGAGCCCUGGGUGGAAAAUGUUAGACCCAUGUAAUGGGAUGUUGUGUGAUGCCCAUACUCUCUUUCAAGAGAAGUUUCCCAUGAUAGCCCCAGACCCUUUGGUACUUUGGGGUGUUGUGGCAUCCUCAGGACAUGGCCAAGGCUGGAGCAAGGCUGCCACCCAGUGUCCAGGGUGGCUGCUGUAUGGUCGUUGUGGCCAGAGGAGGCGUGUGCUUCUGAGAUGACCCCAGGCUGGGGAGUGGCCAGGGAUACGUUUACUGGGAGCAGGUAGGGCAGCUUGCCUUCCCACAGGCUUCCAGAAGAUUCCGUGUCCCUCUCCUGGCCUAGUUUCCCCAGGCAGUCUUUGCCACUGAUGCUGUAAUGAUGGCAGACUCCAGGCCUCAGAGCAGUGCCAGGAGGCAGGGCCCUUUUCUCUGUCUUGAAGGCGUAAAUACAAGAGCAGUUAAAUAACAAUACUAAACAACAACACCAACACGAACAGGGCUCAGCUUUCAUCUUGAAGAGAGGGCACCAACCCCCAAGCUGCCGCUCCAUCUGCCUGAGCUCUCGUUCCCCUUGGCACAGCGUUUCCUACUGCGUUGCAGACACGUCCAAGUUGAGCGAGUGGGUUUCAUGUGCCUUGAGUACUUUAUCACAUCCUUCUCCUCAGAUGGUGUUUCAGUGGAAAGGAGCUCAGAGGUCUGCUCCUGCCCUGUGCCUUCGGCAGACGUUCUGUCCGCAGCAUCCACAGUCACGGUCAUUCAGCUUCUGCUUGUCACUUCCUGGGACAAGAGGUCUCCCCCAUCCUAAGGACUGCCUCCUCUGUCCUUUGUUCCCCAGAGCGUUUGGCCUUUAGUCCCCACAGACAAGCCUGCCGCUCUCUGCUCUGCUAGCAUGGCUCUAGUUACGGAGAGGAAUGGCAAUUCCCUUGGCCCUUUGGCUUCUGUUUGUGUUGGUACCCAGCACAUCCUGGUCUCUCUGUGUGACUUCCCAUUUAUCAGGGAUGCUCUUAAAAAGAGGUACUCGGGGGGGGACCCACAGUUCCAGAUAUGGCCUGAAUAGCACAUUGUUCUCUCCCUCCGCCAGAAAACGUGAAGUCUUGCCACAUUCCCCUCUCAGUCCUAGAAUUAAUGUUGAAAGGUGUUCGCAUUGGCUGAAAAGGUUCAGAACUCACCAGGUUUCUUGGUGCCAGGCCUCUUUGUGCCUCAGUGGUCUGCUUGGAGCCCAGCUGCCUCUUCUAGGAAUCUCUUGUCUUUGCACCCGGUGUCCCUGGCUUGUUUGUGGUAGAAACAAAGGCUCCUUCCAUCUUCGUGGGACCACUUGGUCAAAUGGGGCUGACACAGCCCUUCCUCUCCCCACACUGCUGCCUGCCUAGAGCUAGUUUCAUUCUGUGGCAGGUCAUACUCUGCCCCUGGGGACUGCCUUCAGAGGCACUGACGCUCCCCCCGCCUUUAUGCUCUGGGACAUUUGGGUAACCCUGUCCUGUCCCUGGAACUGACUCCCAAAUACCAGUUGCACUGCUUCCCAGAAUUGAACCAUUUCCACGAUUUCCCUUUCCCUUCUUUGUCAGCUCUUUCCUCCAGGGUCUUGGCAAGUUGGCUUUGCUUCCUUUGGCCACAUUUUAAAUAAUAUAUGUUGAGUCUGAUAAGUGGCCCUACGGAGUCUGGGGCUUUCCGUGGGCCAAGGACUCCUUCCUCACCAUUGUUCCCUUCACCCUCUCAACAAACAUCCAGCUUCUGCUCUGUGCCAGGUAAACUUGCUGGGGUCCUUGCUGUCACAGAGCCACGUCACUGGGAAGACAGGAAAACAGAUGUUUACACUAAAGCCUGAUGAGAGCCCAUGAGGCAGGUUCCCUGGGCUUGGGGCUCCUAGGAAGAGGAGCUCACGUGGGUGAGGGUGGGGGUGUGUGUGUGAGGGGGAGCUUCUUGGAGAGAGUGGCGCCUGACCUAGAGCUGAGGGGGAGGAGGAGUCGGGCAGGAAGGUGUACAUGUUGAGUGGGCUGGGAGUGGGGACAACAGGACUCCUGUAGCCCUGUGGGGCAGGGUGGAUUUUGAGGUGGGCAGAGGCUGGGUCAUUUUAAGCCAUGUCGUAAGGAGUUUGGACUUCCCCUAAGGACGCUGGGGCGUCACAGGAGAUUUUGAAUCGGGAGAGCGAGGUUUGCAUUUUAGAGAGGCCACUGGCAGCUGUGGGUGAACAGGUGGGGAGCAGGACAGGCUUGAGGGGGGAGGCCAGUGAGGAAGCUGUGAUCCACUGAGCACUGACCACGGGCUCACCGGGCAGUGUGGUGGUGUGAGGGGAGGGCGGGUGCAGAGCGAAUUGGCCUUGAGGAAUCCAUUCAUAUUGCAUCUUGGGAAAGGGGAGCAUACUAAUUACCCCCGGUUAUCAGAUGGGGAUACUGGGGUUGAGAGGUGAGGUCAUCUGGCUGCAGUCUCAGGCAUUGGGCAAGUCCACCUUAGGAACUCCAGUCUGUCCUACACCUCCCACUACUGGCCCUGGCUGGUGCGUGGGGUGGGGGAGGGGAGUGGGAGGUGCUGCAGGGUCUGACCAGGCUCAGGAGCCUGGGCUUUAUCCUGACACCAGAGAGCACCGUGGAUGGCUUUAGGCAGGGCAGUGGGGGAGCCGGAUUCUUGUGAGGUAACCUGACAGCUGUGUGGAGGCUGGAUUUGUGGGAAGUGAGAUUGGCAGUAGGAGACCAGUUAGGAGGCUUGCUGCCUGCAGAUGGGACACAAGUGGGGGCCUUGACGAGAGCCGCAGCAGGGGGGCUGGGUGGAGGGGAGGGAUGUGAGAUGUGAAAGACAGACUAGCCAUGGGGACGAGGGAGAGGGGGUGGUGGCAGGGUAGGCAUGGAUAGAUGGGGCAGCAAGAAUAAGGGAUGGGGCGUGGUGUUUGGAAUGCAGGGCCAGUUUGGGACAUGUUGGACUCACAGUGCCAUGGGACAGCCAGGUGGGGAUGUCUUGUCGAACAGUUGGAUGGUUCUGAGGCUGGAGACAGUAAUGAUCAGGAGCUCUUAAGUUGAGGACUGGGCCUGGGUCAUGUGAGAAGGGAAUUCAAUGCUUCAGGGACAGGUAGCAGGAAAGGGACUCUUAAGGAGUUAGACUGUGUAGGGGUGGUGCCUGGUGACCAUGGAACACGGAAGGGGUGAUAUCUUCUGCUUCUGGGAAUGGCGAGCCCAGGAGCCGUCAUAACUGCCAGAGUGGAAGGAACUGGGCAGUGAGGGCCUGGUCAGGUGCCGUGAGCUGUCACGGAGAGACCUGCUAACUGGGGCUUGUAACCUUGGACUUGCCGACUUGAGCCAUGGUGACCUUGGGGAGAUGUCAGCAUGGACCCAGAGUCCAGUGAUAGGGAUCGAGGCCUGAAUAGGUGGGGGCAGCAGAGGCAGGGAGGGGAGAGUGCUCCGGGGAGCCUUGCCUGUGAGGGGGUAGCUGGAGGGAAGACGGCUGGCAGAUGGAGGGGAGAUGAGGCCGAGAGUGAGCCUUUGCAGUUCAGCAGAGGUGAAGUUGGAACUGAUCACGAGAACUUUUCUAGGAAGCUAAGGGGAGAAAAAAAAAAGGAAGAGACCCCAAAAUAGAAUAUGUAAAUAUGCAAAGAUGGGUGAGUUUUCUGAACAGAUCCCUUCUCCUGAUAUAACUCAGAUUUGGCUGGGCUGGCAUGGGCUGGGCUGGCACAGCUUGCUGGGCACAUGGGCCCCAUCUGGCCUGGGCCCCAGACCAAGCUCUCAGAGCCCUACCCUGAGUUGGCCUCUUGUCACCUCUGCCACAGGCCGUGGCAUCGCAUGUUUGCUGAGAAAGUCAGGGUCGGGGGCUAAAUCACCUCCAACUUCCAGGCUUCCGUGGGCUUACCCAGCCUCUCCAAGCCCCCUCUGAGCCUGGGUGGGGGUUAGGUUGGCUUGGCUCUGCCCCUCGUUUCCCUGGGCCCAGCCCUGUGUGGCUCCUUCACGCUCUGGUAGUGAAGUUGCUGGUAGCAGAAUUCAGCUUCCUGUAUGCUUGAAAUGCCUCAUGCAGAGACCCAGGCACUGCCCUCCUGUACCUUGGCAAAGUGGCUGACAGCAAUGCCGUACAGCGGUACUCAUCUCUCAAGCCCCCCUCUGUGCCAGUCCCUGAGCUAGGCACGCACAGAUGCCAUCUCAGCUGAACCUCAUGACAACCCUGAGAAGUAGAUACUCCCCCUUUUACACAUGAGUGCUUCCUCUUGUCGCAGGACGUGACCAUGCCGGGAGACUGGCCUUUCUGGGACUGGGGUGGGAUUGGAUCGGCAUGAUUCCAUCGGUCCAUCACCUGGGGCCUCGUGCCUGGCCGCCAGGCCCUGGAAGCCCGUGGGAGGCACUGUGGGGCCUGCUCAGCGCUCAUCCCUCCAGGAAGUGGCAGCUUGCGUCUUAGAAGGGAUUCCGUCUUCUAAGUGAGACUGGCUGUGAGGGUUAGGUGUUUUCCUCAGACAGCCUAACCUCUUGGAGCUUACUUGUGUCCUGUUUGACAUUUUCCCUCAAUUUAUAUAAGUGGAGAUUGACAAUGUGCAAAUUGGAGAUGGCCGGGCACUCAGAGCUGGGCUGGUGAAUAUUCUAGAUGACUGAUGGAGUCAGGGUCCUGAUAACAAGGCAACCCUAAGAAGAGGGACAGGAAUAGGGACAGUCUAAGGUCCUGUGGUGGGGACUGGAAAACCAAUUGCUCUCAUGCAGCAUGGGGUCUCAUUUUUCCCCCUCGUAGGCCCAGAUUCAUACCAUCUUUCUCAACCAUUGUUCCAGAAACCACUGCUGACGGGUGGGAAUUGGCCCAAGGAUGACUUGGAGCUAAUAUCAAUACGAUUUAGCAGCCUGCUGUCCCAGCCCAGUAAGGCAGUGCCUUUGGAGGGGCUUGGUCAGGAGGGAAGUCAGUCUUCCAACCCUUUACUACUCAGCCUCUUCUCUAAAUGUCGUGUUCUGAUCUGCUACCCUAUUUUUUAAGAAGGUGGACACAAACCGGGCUGCCCAGCACCUAAGAGCUUCUCUGUAGUUUCUUAAAUGACUGCUGAUGUCCUAGGAAUCAGCCAGGAUUACAGAGAACAAGCAAAACCCCAUGAGGGACUGAGUUGGAACUGGGGUUAUUUACCCUGAAAAAAGAGUAGAUUUAGAAGGGCAUGACCUCCGUGUUGAAAUCCCCUAUUGAAAUCCCCUGCUCUAUCCCAGGAAGAGGGAUUAGGCAUGGUCUGUGUGGCCUAAGAGGACAGAUGUAGGACCACUGGACAGGAGUCUUCCCCUGGGGGAGACAGCUUCAUCAGAGCUAAGUAAGGUCAGCAAGGCUGCCUUAGAGGUGAGCUCAUCGUUACUGGAGGUAUGUGAGAGGCUGCAUGACCGCCAUCAGGGCUGCUGUAAGGGGCUCCCGGAUGAGACCUCUGAGUCCAGAAUUGGGAUUCUUAGAUCACUGUAUCUAUGGAAGACCAGAAAUGGUUUAUGGGAGACCACAUGUCUGCAAGUGUUUCUUUUCAUGCAGGCGGCCCAGCAGGCUCAGGCCUCACAUCGGAGCUGGGAGGGUCCUGGGACGCCUAUCUUACGGAGAUAGUUUUAAAAGCAUAUGUAUUUCAACCUACAAACAAGAAGGACAUGGAGAAAGUAGGAUGAGAGAGCUUUGUUGAACUCUGGUCUAGAGCUGAGAUCGACCAGAAGAAGCAUAGCUCCUCUCUGUCCUUCUGUAAACAGAGGAGUGGAGGCUGGGGCAGGGCCUUCCCUAACUUGGGUCGAUGGCCAUGCUGGAAUUUGUUCUCUGACCUCCCAGCCACUUCUAGUCAGGAGACUUUGUUUGUCUAGAUGGGUUCCACAUGACUCCCACGAGAUCCUUCUCUGCCACAGGCCAUGGACACUGAGAAUGGAGGCUCAGAGAUGGGGAUGGGGGUGGGGGGGGUAUGGUGAGGCGGAGGGAGGAGUUUCUGAGUCUAGUUUAGGCCCACUCCGCUCUGUUCCAAACUGGCCACCAGGUGGCACUCCUGCCACAAGCCCAGUGCCUAGCUGGCGGAGUUUUGGGGCUAAGACACUGGGUUGCUCCUGGAAGCCAUGUCAGAACCUGACAUGUUUUUAGGUGAGCUGAGUGCCCUGAUGGAAGGAGAAAAGGUCUAGCUCUUAUCUGCCAAUCUCCUGAAUCACUGAAUGUCCCCCGCCCCGUGGGUUUUUGCUUUUGUCUCUCCGCUUAGCAGGCCAGACCCCAAUCUUAGCAAUUUAGGGUGAGCCAAAUGAAUGACAAUGCAUCUAGAAUAACUAGAACAGAGACCAGAGAUGCAGGAAUGGGAUACUGCUGGGAAGUGCUGACCCUCAGAUGCGGGAGGUGGUGGCUCCGAGCUGCCCUAGAAGGAGGAGUCAGGCUUGGAUAGGUGGGGAGGGGCUGAGACUCAAGGUGGACAUCCUGGCAGAGUCUUAGGGGCAGGCAGAGCCCUAAGGGAAAGGUGAGCUGUGGGACCAGGGCCCGCACAAGCCGAGAAGGGUCUCCUGUGUGCACCUCACGUGGUCCAUCCCUAAACCCUGGCGUGGUCUUCGGAGGGUUGGGCCAAGUCCAGGGGAAGCUAAGACUGUGGUGUCUAUGCCUGUGUCCAUGAGAUAGUCACGGGCCUGCCUACAGCGAGUACGCAGUAAGCUGGAAUUUCCAGACAUGGUCUACAUGGCCAUAAACAUUUUACCUUUGAAGUGUUUGCCAAUAUUUUAAAACUGGGAGUUUCAAUAAAAAUUCAAUUUUCAGCUUCUCUUGAAAAA